AUCACUUCCUCUGGUGGAGUUGGAGUGUUUUUUUCCCCUCUCUCUCUCUCUCCUGGAUGCCUACAAUGAAACAGUGAUGGAGACUUGAGAGUUUGGACGCGAGCGUGGGUAGGACUGUGUGGAACCCGAGUUUAGCCAGAAUGGAGACGAUCGAACAGCUCGUGUCCUUCCACCACAUUCAGGUCCAGCUGAACGGUGGCGCUCCUUGGGGGUUCACUUUGAAAGGGGGUCUGGAGCACGGAGAGCCGCUAAUCAUUACAAAGAUCGAAGAAGGUGGGAAGGCCGCGCUGUGCAAGAAGCUGCGUGUGGGAGACGAGCUGGUGAAUAUCAACGGCUCGGCACUGUACGGAUCCAGGCAGGAGGCCCUCAUCCUCAUCAAGGGCUCUUACAGGAUCCUCAAGAUGGUGGUUCGCAGAAGGAGUGUCCCGGUGAUCAGGCCUCACUCCUGGCACUUGGCCAAACUCUCCGAGUCCUCGGCCGAUGCCCCUGCGAUGCAUCUCCACCCUGGCUCCUACAACCUGCCAUGGCACACCGGAGGCGACGCCAGUGAUCUUCCCAUGCAGUGGACCCAGCUGUCUCGAAACUGCAGCACUGACCGCAGUAGCUCCAUCGGCAGCAUGGAGAGUCUUGACCAGCCCAGUCACGGUUACUACGAGAGACAGCUGUCCCCGGUGGACCAGGCCGUCUUCAACAACAAGAGAGACUCGGCAUACAGCUCCUUUUCUGCCAGCUCCAACACCUCGGAUUACACGGUCUCCCUGAGGGCCGAUGAGGCCAGCUCCAUGGACAACCUCCUUCAGGGUUUGGGGAGUUGUCGCCAUGCCGAUGGCAGGUGCCUCCAUGGAGCUGGUGAGGCGGGAGAGUUCUCAGAAGAAGGCAAAUCCCGUUUCCCGGCCAAGCAUCCGGAGGCCAAGGGCCGGCCGUCAUCCUACAGCUACGAGGAAGACCGGGAAAACGCGAUCGCCAGGGAACCUCCUCAGCCUCCAGCUCGCAGAGAGAGCUUCAUCGCUACCCAGGCUGUUUCAGGAUCCAUAGACAAGCGCAGGGCCUCGGCUCCAGUUGACAUGCUGAGCCUCUCCAGCUCCUGGAUCCGGGAAUCGCGUUCAUCCAUGCGGAGUGAAGCCUCAAACCAGGAGUGCUGUCCUUGUGACACAGGAGGGUCAAGAGACUGCAAAGAGAAUGGAACUGUGGAGCAAUAUUACACACUCAGCUCACAGCUUGAGCCUUGCUGUGACUGUAAGAAGGAAACAGAUACCAAAGAGAGUUACCCUGGCUCAUGUUCUUUAGACCAAGAGACAGAUAGGCUAGACGCAAGCCCCUUGCUCGAUGAGGCUUCCAGGCCAGACCCCAUAGAUAGCUCCUCUCAUGUAUCUUUUGUUUCUAAGAAGAAGCAUCUGGUCAUGGCACAUAGACACAGCGCACCUGAAAAACUUGUUUCAUCUCAGUUACACUGUCUUGAUCUUUCCAACAGCAGCCAGGGCAGGAGUUCAUCUCCCCACAACCAGUGGGUCAAAUCUUCUUUGUGUCAUGGGGAAAGUCCUGAGGCCCCCAGCAGUGAUGCCUUAUCUCAGAGCAAAUGGGCAGAAAGCAGGUGUUCCACCCCCGGUUCAGCUGUCAAUUCAGAAAUGGAGGAGUCCAGAGUUGAAGCAGAUGUCCUGGAAGCUGCUUUGCCUACACAGCACACCUGGGGAAGGUCACUCAGUGUGCCUGGGGACACCGUUAGCUGUCAUUCUAAACCUGUCCAGGCUUUUGACUCCACCAACCAGAGGGAAGUGUGCCUGACCGCAGCAUCCAGCAUGGACGUUCUGCUGGAGGAGGUGAGGGAGGACGAAAGCCACCACCUGCAGCAGCUUAUCCCGAAGCCCAACUCCUCCCGGCACCGGUCCUCCAAGUCGAGGAGACGCAGUGAGCGAUUUGCCACAAAUCUGCGCAACGAGAUUCAGCGCAAGAAGGCGCAGCUGCAGAAAAGCAAGGGCUCAUCUAGUCUCCUCUAUGGAGAGGAGAUGGUGGAAGAGGUGAGUGAGCAGCCUGAGUGCGAAGCAGCAGGUGGAGAGAGUGUCCCUUCCUCUCAGGGGAUGGACAGCAGACCAAGUAAAGCUUCCAUUGCCAGCGGAGCAAAGAUCGGCCUGCCAAGCACUGGGAGUCCCAAAAAGACAGUGUGUGCGACUGCAAGCCCUCCUGGGCAGGUUUCUUGGCCGGACAAUGGCACCAGAUGUCAGGAAGCAGAUGAGGUGGGAGCUUGUGGGAAAGGGGGGAGGUGGAAGUGGACUCCAGAACACAAGCUGCAGCCUAAAGGCAUGCCAGAGAGGAAGUGCAAAUGGGAAGUUACACGGGCACCCAGAACCACCAAACUAGCUGAUGCUCCGGAGGAGUGCGACAUCCCUCCCUUCGCUGACCGGAGAAAGUUCUUUGAGGAGACCAGCAAGAGCCUUUCAACCUCUCACCUUCCUGGCCUGGUGACCAGGCAUAACAAACCCACCCAUCCCAGGACAUUACAGGCAAAAUUGGAGCACUCUGGCAGCUCAUUGGAGCAGAGCUGGAGGAGGUACUCUGCAUCUGCUGGGUUCUCUUCCAAGGAGGCCAGCGUCUGCUGCCCCUCAGAGAGCAGAGGUUUAGAGCAGCAGGUGGUCAACCACCAAGAAAAAGAGGAAUGUGAUCCAGAACAGGACUUCUGUUGUGGACACCAACUGCUCAAGCCAGUGCCUCUUGAACCCCAGCCCUGCUUUGUCAACGAAGACUGUAAAAGGUCUCCUAAGAGAUGUCAGCAGCCUUGCAAACACUAUGCCCGUCCUCAGCACUCAGCUUUUCACCCUGUAACUGCAGCUGUGUGUGAUGACUGCUCUCCCCCUCGUGUUCCCUGUAAUCCGAGAAGCAGGACGCCGACUGAGGCACAUCCUGCAAGGGAUCAGGAACACACAAACACCAACAGGAAGCUCAGUCUGACAGAGAGAGACUACCAGCAUCACAAACACGACCUCCAGACAGCAGAGGGAGCUGUGGAGCAGGAGAACACCCAUUGGGGUCGGUGGAGCGAAGCUCAGGGCUUUGAUCUACCUUCGCCCCCACCUCAUCCCGAUGAGCGAGCACCUUGUUAUCCCCAGCGGGGCCGGGCCCUCUCUGAGAGCGACAUCCGCCUGGACCUGCAGCGAUUGCGGCACCGGGCCAUGGUUUUCGGUGGGCAGGCCCUCAGUGAACUCGAAGAGGCAGCCCCAAGGAAGAAAGGCCCACCACCCCCAAGACCUCCUCCUCCUAACUGGGAGCAGUACAGACGCAGGAGGGCAUCCCAGCACAGCCUGUAUGCCCCCUCAUCCCCUUGCGAGCCAGCUGCUCCAUCCCAGCUGACUAGGCCUGUGCACCCAGGCCACAAGUGCUUCGAAGGCUCUACUUGCUCUGCCUGUGGCUUGGAGACAUCCCGACAGCGGUCCCACAGUCUGCCCCUCCGAGGCUUCUCUGAGAGCUGCCUACACUGUUGUAAAGAACACGUCGCAACUCCCCGGAGUCCCACGUCUCCACCUGCAACCUUCACACCAGCCUGCUGCCUGAGAGAGGACUCGGAGCACGGUGACUCUGAACCACGCGGGGCUACAGACUCGCUGGCACAGCCUCCAAAUUUGCACACAAGGGUGUCUGGAUCUCCACCUCGGAGUACAGAGGCAGAGAUGGACAGGCCAGCUGCGCUGAGGCUAGUGACCGUUUCCCAGAGGACAGUAGAAUGGGACAGGAGUUCUGUGCCUGCUGGCCUGCAUUGUUUGGGCAUCAAUGCGGAAAAUGGCUCCCGAGGUCUUCCAGAAUCUUACUUUUCCAUGAACUAUGAGCAGCACAGAGAGCUGAACAGGAGUCGGGAGGAGCCCAGCAAGCCAGCCCAGAAGGCGCUGCCUGUUCACCAUUUCAGUGAGACGCCACUGGAAACGGAUAUAGACGAGUUCAAGGAAGACGAAAUAGAAGAAGAGCUUGCCAGGAUUGGCCACAAUGACCCACAGCAUGUGACUGUUUUGGAGACAAAUAUAGACACCCUCCCUCAGGAGGUGGGCUGUCCAGUGGCGGAGUCCAGGUCUGGCGGAACAUCCACAGCAGAUGUCCUGGGACCUGAUGUGGGGUUGAAGUCCAGAACUGACCUCACAGGGGAGCUAUUUCCCCAGAUGGGAGGAGAGUGUGGCCUUGGGCAGCCCAGGAGGUGCAGUCGCAGUGCCUUGGAGUUCAGUGUGGACACACUAGAAAAGCGCUCCAGACAGGGCAGCUCCGGCUCAUCCUGUUCGGCCUACUACAGCACCUCUGCUGCCAAGGCCCACCUGCUAAGCAAGAUGAAGGAGCUGCCAGGGCUGAACCAGGAGGAGGAGGAAGACGAGCUCUUCUUUAAGAAGCAACAGCUGAUAGACAGCCUGCGAAAGAAGCUGACCGUUCUCCGUGAGGCCCAGAAGGACCUGCAGGAAGACAUCACUGCCAAUGGGGCUCUGGGGGAGGAAGUGGAGACCUUGGUCCAGGCAGUCUGCAAGCCUAACGAGGUGGACAAAUUCCGCAUGUUCAUCGGAGACCUGGACAAGGUGGUCAACCUGUUGCUGUCACUGUCUAGCCGCCUAGUCAGGGUGGAGAGCACAUUGGAUAGCCUGAGCCCAGAUGCCAACCACCAUGAGCGGCUCACCCUGCUGGAGAAGAAGAAGCAGCUCCUUGGGCAGCUGGGAGAAGCCCAGGAGCUGAAGGAGCACGUGGACGGGCGGGAGCGAGCUGUGUGCCAAGUGCUGGCGCGCUGCCUCACCCCCGACCAGCUGCGCGACUACAGCCACUUCGUCAAGAUGAAGGCUGCACUGCUGGUGGAGCAGCGCCAACUGGAAGAUAAGAUCCGCCUGGGCGAGGAGCAGCUCAAGGGACUGCGCGAGAGCCUGGGAAUGGGUUAUGGGCACUACUGAGGACAAGACUGGGGGAUUUCCACAUUGCUACAGCCAAACGCCAUCAAAGAGGGGGCUUAUCAUGUGGUCUACAGUUUGGGCCUGUUUGGACUCUUUUCACCCAGACGGCAGGCCUAUAUUUAAAGUUGGCCCCUUAAGGGACUGGCUUACAACACCUCUUUAAAUUGUGCCUUUCCAAGACACAACUGUGUGCAUCAUCCACUCACUGUCUUUAAGUCAUAACGUGAAAUUUGCAGAACCUUUUUAACUAUUAGUAAGACGUUGGGCCUUCAAACAGGCAAUGUAAAAGUUCUAAAGACUGCAUUUGCCUGAAAAAAAUUGUAUUUACACUCUACUUAGUGCCAAAGUGCUUGUAAAAAGUUUUGUUGCAGGUUAUUCUAUUUAUUUAUUUUUUUAAGAUGAGUCAAUUGCAGAACUCCUGCUCUUUCCUACAUGUAAAUUUACUGGACUGCAUUUUUUUGUGAUCGGCCAGGGGAGACCCAGCAAAUAGACAGCUUUCUAACUGUCUGUGGUGUGGUGGAACCUCAACAUUAGGAAAGAAUCCAAAUUAUACAUUCCUCAUUCCUUCACCACCGAGCCAAAAGAAAGCCUGGAAGCCCUGCACCAGAUCCAGCUUUUUGGGAAGUGAGCCACAGGCCACAGAAGCGUAGUCCAGACCCCCACUCCCACCCACCCAUUGUGGUACGGGUUUAAGGCAAACAAGUCCUUUCCUUGGGAAGAAGUCACACAAACCCAGUCAGAUGAUAUCAAGCAGAUCUUUGGUGCAUGCAAACUGUGACAGAUAUUCAGUGCUUGUGCAUAUUAGUCAGAUUAGUCCCAGGCUGCUGUAUCACCUCUACCUGUGUAUGUUCCUCAACCACUAUUACAUCAUGGUCUUCUUCUGAUUGCAUCACAACCUCUUGCCUCUUGGGGUUCAGGUCAAUAGGUUGCAUAGGUAGAAUUAUUAUUAUUAUUAUUAUUAUUAUUAUUAUUAUUAUUAUUAUUGUCUGUAAUGUGUUAGAAGUCUACUGGCUUGAAGGUGGUCAGAUUGGAGGAGUCUGCCACAACUUCCUCCUUCUCCCCUGUGUGUAAUCGUGUGGCUCAUAGCUACAAGCCCAGACAUGAAAAACUCCCUAUUGCCUAUUCCACAACUGGUUGAUAUAAAAAAAAAUUUGACCAUUCUACAUUUAAAAAAAACAAAACAAUUACCCUGGAUCUGACAUGCAGUCAGCACUGUUUCUUUUUCUACCUAUGGUUCUCUUCAGCUGAUGAAGUGCAAUGUACAAAUAAUACAUUAAGCCCAUUAAGUCACCUAAUUACCCCGAAUUAGGAUUGUAUACAGUAGAAGUUACCAGCAAAGAUCCUUCCCUAAAACACAUAUUGGUUUGAAAUAGCUGACUGCACAACCUUACUCCAGAGCACAGAUCACAGCUCAUUAAUUAAGAAUGUAAGAAUUUUACAGACUGUUUAAUUUAUUCAGUCAUAAUCUUCUCCAGAAGCACAUAACUGCUGUAAUACUACAUUGAGCUUCCUUAGUGGCUGCAAAGUAACAUUUGCCCUGCUGUUUCCCCUAAAUGGAAGACAUUUGAAGUACUUUGGAACCUACAGGGACAGCGCAGAAGUACAUGUGCUGUCUGAUAUUGACUCAUUUGUUGGUAAAGAAAUCAGUGUUUCCAUCUUUCUGAUGGUUGUAAGCAAGUGUCUACAUCCUAGUGCACCAGGCUCUGCAAAGUGUUGCAUUCUGCCCAACCAAACGGUUUAGUCUGCAAAUCAACAUCUUGACGUGAGCAGUAGAACAACAUCCGUUUGUUUUGAGUUGUUCACAAGAAUGACAAUCGGACCUCCACCAUCCUAGUCAUACAGUAGGGGACACUUUGAAAAUCUCCAUCUGUUUCAAUUCUGUCAUCAUCGGUGCUGAAAUCACAGUCCAUCUUGAAAGCCACACAGAUCAUUUUGUGACACUAAAAGCUGAUGUAGCUCUGUACAUCAUUACGUAUGUCUUUGAGUGGCCAAGUGCUGUUGCGAACAUAACAUUGAGAUGGGGCUAACAUCGGUGUGGGCGAGUCUUGUGACAAGACAGCCCUUCUUUCUCACCAUACCUCCAUACCUCUCAUAGCCACCCUGCUGGAAGUGAUAGCUUUAUUCUCAGUGAACAUCUCAGUGGAAUUGUACAGGGUACCAUGGUGCUUUUCAAAUCCCAGGUGCAGUCACAUGUUCCCUGUUCCUCAAGGCUGGUUUUAAAGUUCAUAAGGAAUGCUUAUUUCCUUGCUUCAUGUUGAGACAGCUUGGACCUCAUGGGAAAACACACUUUUGCUGCUUUUCAGCUUUCUCCUUUGUCUUUCAGAUACUGUUAUCUGUAUUUUUUAUAUUUUUAUUCAGAAAUGGACAAUACUGCCCUACACUUUAGUCCCAUAGCUGACACUUUUGACAGAAGCCACUCCUGCCGAUUUCUCUAUCCAGGCAGUUGAUGCCCAAAGACUGUUUGUAGUCAAUCUUAUGUAUUAGGUACAGAAAUACUGGGAUAGAACACAGUGUUUCUUUACAUAAGACUAUAGUCCAGUCAAGCAUCAAUGGCUAUGCAUUGUAUUUGCUUACAAUCCUUCACUAUGAGAUAAUACAGAACUGGUGCCAAAGAGAUAUUAUUAUUAAAACAAAGGAUAAGGAAGUUGGUUCACUUUUCUAAAUUAUAGCUGAGUCAUACUAUCCAAAAAUGGACUAACCCGUAAUGACAGGUUUGCAGAGCUUAUAAAAAGUGUUAACUUCCUGCUUACAUAUUAAUCCAAAAGUGAUGUCAGACUCUACGAAGAAUGCUAGAAUUGCCUUUUGGCCUGGUUUUGACAAUACACCUACCUAAUUUUUCUACCAUUGUGACUGACCUAAUUUCACAGCACAUGAUGUGUAUAUUUGAUAACAGGACAUUAAUCAUACUUUUUACAGUACAUUGAUUUAUAUAUUUCUCCUCAAUCUUUUUAAUUACCAUACUUUACAUCAAUCAGUGUUAUCUGUAACUGGAUAUAACACAAAGCCAUAAAAUGGCUGGUUUACAUUUUUGCUUUCCAUUGGUUUGUUUCUUAAAAGUGAUACUGUGAUCAUACCAGUCUCUUUUUUGCAAAUUGUAGAAUGCAGAAGGUAAACUGUACAAAAACACUACCCUUUUAAAAAAUGUUUUGAAACAUUUCACUGAGCAAACCUGGUGUUUGUUAGUUUCCCUUUUCUGACAAAUAUCGAAAUGAUUCUAAGAGAUAAAUUUGAAGAGCAAUACAUUUGGCAAAAAUUAAUAGUGUCACAAUUUGAGAGUAAAUAUAGAGAAAACUGAUAUUUAAACUUGACAGUGAGAAACUUGCAUGCGAUCAAUAGGCUCCAUUACUAAAAAAUUACAAAGUUAAGUUUGUGGGUUGGAGUGUUGAGUGAUAUUUGUUGAGUAAAUGAGGAGACAAAAGUACUGUGUUCAGUUAGUCAGAUCUUCCCCAUCAGCAAAUACCCUUUCUGAAAAUUGUUGUCAGAAAGUACACAAUUGUAGCAGGAAUUUGACUGACCAUAUCUUAAAGUGAGCUGAAACCACUAUAAUUCUGUAACCACAUACUUAACUGGAUAUAAAUUGUGCUUUCCUGAAAUGAAAAGCUCUAGAGGUUUUGUAAUUUACUUCCCUCAGAGAUUUGUAAAAGGAAAUCAGUUAAGGGCACUAAGACAAUGCAAAAUUGCACAGGCCUUCCAUUGAAAAACAGGGCAACACAUUUCAGGUAAAGAAUAACCAGUUUCUUGAUAUGACUGGAAGGUGCUGACACAUACAGGCCGUUUCAUGCGGUUCAUUGAUGCUUGGAUGUGACGUUUCCUGCAGCCUGGGUACAAUGCAAUGUGCUUUUACUCUGUUGUUAAUGUUGUCCUUAUCCUGGUAUUACAGCCAGUACUAGCCACUGUUAGUUAUUAUGAAUCAAACUGGAUAUUCUUAUAAGGAAAUGAAGCUGCUUUGUGAUUACUUACUGCAUUCAUGUUUUACUUAUUUGUACCAAAAGAAAAACAAAUGCUCAGAGUUGUAUCAAGACAAUUUUGUUUCAAUCUCAGUUAUUGAAUUGCUCAACAUCUGAGACUUGCUUGAUGUUGUGAAAAGAACUGUUUUCACAUGCCAGACCAAAAAAUGUAUGUUUUGAUUGAACAUAUGCAAUGUAUUCCUGUUGAUAUCUGUACUGUAUAUAUGCUAAUAUUAUACAUAACCAUUUCAAGAGAAAGUCUCCAUUUUACAACUCCUAAACCAUCAUCAAAACUGGAAAUAGGAUGUUGUAUUUUAUAUAUAACAAACAUUUUGUAAAAUGUUUAAACAGUACCAUUAAUAAUAAUACACUU